AUUGUUGUUUGUGUUUUUAUUAUAUUAUAUGCUGACGCUUGGUGCUGCGGUAUAUUGAUUAAAAGCGAGCAAAUGCAGGGGUGAUACAUUUGCGCUUGCUGUGUCUAGAUAAAUCCUCUCACCAACCAAAAUGUUGCGGUAGCUAAAGUUGAUUUUUAGAUGAGACCAAUAGACAAGCGGAAAACACCAGGCAUAAACGAAAUUGCAACUGCAAAUGUUCAAUUGAAUAAACGUCGCGCUGCCAAUCCGGAAUAGCCACCAACUUUGCAAACGUCCGGCUGCUAAAUUAGUUUUGAUAUGCAACAAUGUCGGUGGUGGCGCUAGAAUUGGAUUGGAAAUAGUAAAUAGGAAAUCGCACACCCCGCAAUGGGGGCGAAAUGAGUGUUUUAUGCAACUAAGGCAACCGCACAACCGAAAUCGAAAAUCCAAUGUCAAUCAAAGUAUACAAAACGACGCAACGAACUCGACAGUUAACAAGCCUAUACCAAGUUAUCGCGCUGGUACAUACAUGCAUAUGUAUAUCUAUUGAGGGCGAAUAUAUAGUGCAGCAGCUAGGCAAGCGAAUUAAAUUGAACUGCACGGGAAGCGUACUGCACAGCUCCAGGCAGCGACAAUUGAGUAACAACACAGUGUGCGCACACUGUAAACAAGCGAGCACAUCGAAUACAAUCGAAUUAAAUUGAGAAAAUAAUAUACAAAAACAGUAUAUUGAUAAAAAAAGAACGUAAGAAUUUAAAUACAAAAAUAAUACAAAAAAGAACUAUCAUUAUUUGCCUCUAAAAAAUAAUAAGCAAAAAAAACAAAAAAGAAAAAACCACCAGACCAAAAAAAAAGAAACAACAUUACAGCAACGCACCGCCUCACAUCAGCACCUCCGCAGAGCCACUGACAAGCGCCGUCACGCAAAAUGACAUUUAAAUUAUUUCGACGCGGCUCGGCGCGUUGUUUCGGCCUGCUGUCCGCGUUCAUCACGAUCUUAAUCUGCCUCUACUACAUAUCCAUUGGGCAGCAACAAGACCAAACGCUACAGCCGGGCAAAGACACGACUGUUGCGCUGAGCAGCGGUUUUGGCAGCAUAGUGGCGACCAGUUUGCAUUCAUUGCCACAGCAAUUGCACAAAGCAAAUAUGCAUAAUGCUAAAGUUAGAGAUAUGCGCGGCAAUGGCGAAGAGCAGAGUGGGAUGCAGAAAUUUGCGAGUGGCAGUGGCGCCAGCGCAGCGCAAUUGUCGGCAGGCCCAACCACACUGGAUGUCGAUGCAUAUGAUGGCGGCGACAUGACCGCAAAUGGCGCGCCCACCAAGAAUCCUGAUUGGGGUGAUGUUUGCUAUGUGAUGGAUGAGAGUGACACGAAUAUCACAACGAACGAGGAGUAUGGGAAAUUUGAUUUCCAGCCUGAAUGGAUACACACAAAGGAAUAUUGGGAUCGUGGUUUUGAGGAACGAUUUGAAGCACAAAAGAAAGACUACAAACGACCGCCAUUGAAGAUCUUCGUCGUACCACAUUCGCAUAACGAUCCCGGUUGGUUGAAGACUUUCGUUAAUUAUUUCCAAUCGGAUUCGCGACAGAUACUUAACUUGAUAGUAACAAAAAUGCAGGAAUAUACCGACAUGACGUUUAUUUGGUCCGAGAUCAGCUUUCUACAACUGUGGUGGGAUCAAGCGCAUCCGACAAAGCAGCGCGCUCUGAAAAAACUUAUCAAAUCAGGACGUUUCGAAAUCACAACCGGCGGUUGGGUGAUGACCGAUGAAGCGAAUGUGCAUCUUUACGCCAUGUUAGAUCAGCUUAUCGAAGGACAUCAGUGGUUGCGCAACAAUUUGAAUGUAACACCAACCGUCGGCUGGUCAAUCGAUCCCUUCGGACAUGGCAGUACUGUGCCGUAUUUGCUUUCAGGCAGCAACUUCGAAGGCGCCAUAAUACAACGUAUACACUAUGCCUGGAAACAAUGGUUUGCGCGUCAACAGAAAGGCGACUUCAUGUGGACACCUUAUUGGCAGCAACGCGGCAAAGCGCCAACGCAGCAUGGAAAGUUGCUCACACACAAUAUGCCCUUUGACAUCUACUCGAUAAAGGGUUCGUGUGGUCCACAUCCGUUUAUAUGUCUAAAUUUUGACUUUCGUAAAAUACCAGGCGAGUAUACAGAAUAUUCGGUCAAAGCGCAAUUUAUAACCGAUGACAAUGUUGAAUCGAAAGCGCAAGUCUUGUUGGAGCAAUAUUCACGUACCGCCUCGCUAUUUCCACACAACGUAGCGCUUAUACCAGUCGGCGAUGAUUUCCGUUAUAAUAAGGAGCGCGAAGUGGAUCAGCAAUAUACGAAUUACAAGAAAUUAAUCGAUCAUAUAAUGGCUAAUAAGCGUCUCUAUAAUGUUGACAUCUCUUUCGGCACACCACGUGACUACUUCAACGAAAUUCGUCGCCGCACCAACUCCUUCCCUACCCUAAAAGGUGAUUUCUUUGUAUAUUCAGACAUCUUCUCCGAAGGACGGCCUGCUUAUUGGUCUGGUUACUAUACCACACGUCCAUUCUAUAAGCUGCUUAGCGCCGAUUUAGAGCAUAAUCUGCGCGCUGCUGAAAUACUCUUCACCGUAGCUUACAAUACCGCACGUCAGGUACAUCAUGUGAAUGCCAUAAAGAUUUUCGAAAAAAAUUAUGAGAAAAUGAUACAUGCGCGUCGCAAUUUGGGACUCUUCCAACAUCAUGAUGCCAUCACAGGCACAUCAAAGGCGGCUGUAAUGCGUGAUUACGGCAUGCGUCUAUUCGAAAGCAUACAAGAUGCGGUUAAAAUGCAAGAGUCCACCAUUGAAAUGUUGCUGCAAGAUGGCAGUGAACGUCAUAAUUUCCUGCUGAGCGAAUUAGAACGUGAUAAUUUCAGUAAGCUGGCGCGCAAGACACCCAUACCACUCAGUGGCAAUGGUAUUGUCGAUGAGUUUGAUGAUUUGAAUGCAAAUGCUGGCACGGCUGCGUUUGUAAUCUUCAAUUCGUUGGCGCAAAAACGUUUGGAAGUGGUAACGUUGCGUUCGCCAGUACCCAAUGUUAAAGUGUUGAAUGAGCGCGGCGAAGAGAUACGUUUAAUGCAAAUCAAUCCAGUUUGGAAUAUAACCGAUGUUUAUGAGAUGGGCAUGGGUGGUGGUGUGGGUGCUAAUAGCGCUAUGGGACGUAUACGUGUUUCUACACGUCAAUAUGAAGUAAUGUUUAUUGCUGAAUUGGACGCGCUUUCACUUGCAACCUAUAGCCUUGUGGUGGUGGAUGAAAAGAACUUUAGUCAACCGACAAUGGCGACUAUUUAUUGCGAUGGCUGUACCGAGGGGUCAACGUUGAACCCACCCAAUAUAAGCACGAAUUUUGUGGUGAAAGCCAAGCCAUCAGGUGACAUACAACUCGAAAACAAUUUCAUGCGUCUGCUCUUCGAUGAGAAGAGCGGCUUCCUUAAAACCAUUACGCGUAAGAGCGUUAAUAAGCAAGCGCUUCGGCCUAUGCAAUGCGCUAUAAAAUUCGCCGCCUACCGUAGCGCACAGUUCCACUCAGGCGCCUAUCUUUUCAAAACCGAUCCCGAGCAAAAUGAAGCCGAAAAAGAUGUACUCGAUCAGUAUGAAGAUGUGCGCAUUAUUAUUUCAUCGGGUCCGAUCGCCAGUGAUGUUACGGUCAUUUAUGGUCCAUUUUUGGCGCAUACAGUACGCAUUUUCAACACACAUACUCACCUAGAUGGAGCCAUGUACAUUGAGAAUGAUGUAGACUUUGAACCGCCGCCAAAGAAUCGUGAAACUGAGCUUUUCAUGCGUUUCGUCACAGAUGUAGAUAAUAUUAUAACGGUAAAGCGCGAUGAUGUGCUAAAGGAGGCGGAUACGGUAGCGGAAUUGCCGGUGUUCUAUAGUGAUCAAAAUGGUUUCCAAUAUCACAAACGCAUUAAAGUGCCGGCAAUCGGUAUUGAAGGCAACUACUUCCCCAUCACAAGUGGCGCCUUCAUACAAGACGCGCGCGUACGCUUCACUUUACUCACCACACACGCGCAGGGUGCCGCCUCCUAUGAACCGGGUCAAUUAGAAGUGAUGCUCGAUCGGCGCACACUUUACGAUGAUUAUCGUGGCAUGGGCGAAGGUAUUGUCGACAGUCGCCUGACACGACACAAAUUUUGGGUACUCAUCGAAGAUAUGCCAACGAAAAAUGCAAAUGCCUACCAAAUACCCAGCUUACUGGCGAAUCAGCUUGCGAACGGCCUACGCUAUCCACCGAACCUCUACUUUGUAGAGACAUUUGAUGCGCCGGCUGUGCAACUGAAACCGAAGGCCGUAUUGCUCGAUCAUGGUGCGCUGCCAUGUGAUGUACAUCUGUUAAAUUUGCGCGCACUCUCCGAAGAGCAGCUACAGCUCUUCCCAUCGACAUCGGCACUGAUGGUGCUGCAGCGUCAGGGUUAUGAUUGUGCCAUUGGUCAAAAUAUCGAUAUAACACGUGUGUGUGCUGCAUCGGCGAGCGGUCUGGGACCGGUGGGUUUCAAUAGAUUGCAUAUAGCGCGUUUGGAGACGACAAGUUUGACCGGUACGCUGCAUGAGGGCGAACGCAAGCGACUGAAAUCGUUUGCCGAUAUCACAUUAAAUCCCAUGGAAAUGCGCACUUUUAAUGUGACGUUCAAAUUUUAAAUUACAAAUUAGUUAAUUUAUUAUUACUUUAUUUAUUUAUUAUUAUUAUUAUUAUUAUUUUUCUUCGUUUUUUGUUGUAUGUUUGUGAAAAUGUCAGCUAAAAUUUAAGUUGUAUGAUGUUAGCGCAUAAUUUUAACGAAACUUUUUGGCAUGCAACCGUUUGUGUUUCGUAUUUAAUGCUUUGUGUUUGUAUGUAUGUGAAUAUAAUAUGUGUAAUUAUUAAUUAUGUUUUUUUUUUUUAGUAAAUUACUAUCGGAAAUUUACAGAAAGGCUCACGCAAAUCACAUUUCCAUUCAACAUUGUAUACAAAACUGCCUUCGCCAUUUUUCUACUUAUAACAAAACGAACAAAAACAACAACUAGGUUUCAGAAGCACAUUUGUUGCAUUGUAUUGCUAAUUGAAGUAAACAAAUUUCAGAAAUUAAAACUAUUAAUUUCAAACAAAAACUGUACAAUAUUACAAAAUCGUUCUUUUUUUAAUCAAUUAUUUAUUUUGCUUAGCAAUACAAUGCGAUUUCAUAGUACUACUUUGUUGACCUUUUAAACACUUGCAAACGCAGUAGCACAGUUAAAGCCACUACCAUUCCAACAGCUUAAAAUUAUAUAUCUAAACUAUAUAAUUUCUCUCAUACGCUUACAAUAGUUUAGUGAAAUAUUUUAACAAUAUAACGAAUCAUUUUACACAAACAACAUAAAGCGACUGAAAUAGUUGAAUUCUAACAAAAGUAUUUCAUUAUUAUACACCGUUAUAGUGCAAACUUGAUCAAUGUGACUACAAAUUUAUAUAUUAAUUUAAAACAUAAAACCGUUCGUAAAAAGCUUUAUCGUAGCUUACACAGCUAUCUGUUAAACGGUCCCUCGCUACUUUCGUAUUUUGUGCUUUCGUACCAAGUCAAAGAAAAGACACCAGUAUUUUUGCAUUACUUUCAAAUAAAUAGUUUAAUUGUAAUAUUAUAUAAUAAAUAUCUUUUAUUACCAGCUGAUAUUUUUUUAGGGAACUUAUUGAUUUGAAAUUCAUAUAUUUAUAACAUAAUAAUUUCCUUAUUAUAUAAAAUAUGCUAAGUCAUACUGGGUAUACUUUUUUCCUUUAAACACAAGCUAAUAUUAUUUCAUUUACUCAGGCAGCGCUUAGUUUUUAAAUAUUUAUAAAUAAAAUAGUAAGCAGCAUUUCAGCAUUAAAGACAAACUUUGAAUGUUAAAAAAAAAAAAUAUAUAUAUAUAUAUUUAAAUAACAGUCGAAAGUCAUUAUCUAUGUAUAUCUAUAUUUAUAUAGAAUACAAUACAGUUAUAAAGCUUAAAUACUAAGAAGAACUUAAUAGUUAAUUUUAGCGAAAUGCACGCUCUGCACUCUAAUUAAGUUUAGCAGUUAAUCGUGUUUAGGCAUAAGUUCAAACAAAAACAUUUCAAGACACUAUACUUAGUAAGUAUUUAUGAAGGUAAUGGAAUGUAGUUAUGCACUGACAACUGAUUAUUGCUCUUUUUUUUUUUGUUUCAUUGUCAUUAAUGUAUUGCAUUUUACUUAAAUAAAUUUGUAGUUUAAUGAAAGAGCAGCUUAAGUCAGGUAAAGAAAAUAAUUUUAUAUUGUAUUGGUAACGGUAAAGCGCUUAACAACAAGAACUGCUGCAAAAAAAUUUCUUCUCAAUUAUAAGGCCACUGGCGUUGCUUACUUUAUUUGGCGCUGCUUCAGUUUGAAUGCGUCCAUGACUGAAUGAUGGCUUAGCGCGCUCUUAGAGAAAUGUCAAAAUUCCAUACACUGUGGCUAACUAAAGAUUUCGACUUCAAUUAAAGUAAAGUUGUUAAAUAACCUGUUUAAAAACACAACUACAAGCAUUAAAAUAAGCUUUACUUGAAGCCACCCACAUAAGUCCAAAAUCGAGUAAAUUCUUUUCAGCGAAAUCUUUUUUUCCCGCAAAAAUUUUCUCUAACUUUAAACCGAAUUGUUUGCAACAUAAAACUAUUAUAACUGUAUUGCUAAAAUGUCGUUACUGUGCUUGGAUUAUACAAAAGUGCAGAUUGGAGUAAUAAUACAGGGUGGCGCACGAAUCGUGCUGCAAAAACAAACCGUAAUAACUUUUUUUUUAAUCUAUACACUACAUUUUUUUUUUUUUUUUUUUUGUAUAGCAUUAUUUUAUUUUAUAUAAUUAAUUAUUUUUAAAAAUUAUGGACCGCAAAUGAUCAUGCUCAGCUACGCAUAUGCGACAACUCUUUUUUGUUCCAUGUUUACCAACCUCAUAAUGGUCCAUCUACUCGAGGGCGUGCCGCCAAAAUCCCUGCGGAAUUCCCUUUGGACCAACUACAAAGCAUGCUACUGCUGCACUAUCCUUAUUUCGGUAUAACAAGCAUUAAUUUUUAAAAAA